AUGAGCCAUCCAUCCUCCCACCCUCCUCGAAGAGACAAUAAACGGCGCAAACCCCUGCCCGUGCCUCGGUCCCUCUCCGAGCCCAUCCGCUCGCAGAUGCUCACGUACGCGAACCGCCUGAGCGACGCUCGCCGCGCUCAGACUCCGUACAAGCCACCGCGCAUCCCGUGCAUCGAGUUCGUGUACUACUGGGGCCGCUGGUCCCCGACGCAGCCGCACAUUGCGCCUGCGGCGCUCAAGCGGGCGAGAUUGGCUGCGCCAAAUGGGGGCCGCUGUGCGAUCACGAACGGCAGGCGCACGGGGGCGGUCGCGCGCCUGUUAGCUGGGCUGGAGCACGCUGAGCCAGACCUGGCGUGGACACGCGGGAUGGGCUGGCAAUAUCUUGACUUUGCGUGCCCCUCGAAUAUGAUUUUCUUGGACUUCGAAAUGUUGGGCAGGUUCCACACGCUCGGCAGCCACACGUUCUUCCUGCUUCCAGAGCCACAUAUUAUGGAUGCGCUGCUGAAAAUGUGGACAAAGAGCGAGAAGGAAGUACAAGAGCUCAGCAAGUUUUUUCAAGACCAAAAGACCUUCAAAUACUACAUCGUUCCCGAGCAGCGGGGUCUCACCAGCAACUUGGUCUGUCUCUCUACACGCCACCCGAAAUCCUCGCGCAGCGCUCGCACCGUACAUGCGUAUCCUCUCACGACGCUCGGGCCCAUCCGCAGUCACGUCAAGCCACAUUUCGCCCUGUGCCGCAUGUGCACGUUCCUGACCGCGCGAGGAAACUUCUUGUCAGAUUGUCUCAAGGAGGCCUAUCGGGCUGCACUGGACAUGCACGACCCAACAGGGUGGAGUAAGUAUGACACAGAUAGACUGGUUGACGACGUCAAGGAGAUGGAGCACCACUGGAGAGAACGCCAGGUGCGGCUCAAGUCGUUGGAGGAGCACAAAGUUGAGGGCAGCGGAGUUCAUUGAGGUUAUGCCAGAAAGCUGGUGCUUUAGCUUUAUUAACGAGAUUACGAUUGCGCCGACCUGCACCAGAGUGGAACGUCACAGUAUGUUCAAGGGAAAGUCCAAAGUCCUGGAAUUUGAUGAGCAGAACCC